AGUACCUAAGACUGGAGUGCUUCUACCCGGCAUACAGUGCCGAUUGGCCCAGCCCCAAGUCAAGCUCGCUCAUUUGGCUCUCACCUGACAGUCGCGAACCUGAAGGCCGGGUCAAGUCCUUGUUGAGACCUCUUGGCGACGACGACGAUUGCCGACACAGCGACGAUCACGGCUGCAUUUCGGAUUGUCGUGCGCCGUCAAGAUGCGUCGAGAUG